GUGAGGGGUUGUCUUGGAGAUAGACGAUCUUUGGUGAAUACAGCUCAUACAGCAGCACUAGCAGUGCAGAAAGAAACAUGUCGGAGACUGCGGCUAAACGUGAAACUAACUGGGUUGAAUCUGAAAACUCAUCCCACAAAGUUAAGAGGGCGAAAGCUGACGAGGAUAAUGGCAAGGAAGAAGUUGGAAAGGAAUCUGAAGCGGAAAAUAUUCUGCAUGGUUUUAAAACGUGCAAGGUCCUGAGUGAUUCUGCUCGGGAGAAAAACAUCUUCAUCCAUGGAAAGUUUGCUGAUAAAGAGGCUGUGGUUAUCCUGGAGAAGACCCCCAUCAGAGAGGACACCCUGGUGGACCUCUUCAGUGGUUCAAUGCUGAAGCUGGAGAUGAAAAACGACAUUUACAGCACAUAUCGAUUACAGGCGCCCCAUCAUCUUAAUGAGAUAAAGACUACAGUAGUGUGUCCAGCUACAGAGAAGCAUAUAAAGAAAUACCAGCGUCAGGAGAGUUUUCUUGUGGAGGAGACUGGGGAGGACUAUGAGUCCAUCACUCUGCCCUACAUUCAGCAGCAGAGUUUCAGUCUGCAGUGGGUAUACAACAUCCUGGAAAAGAAGGCAGAGGCUGACAGGAUCGUUUUUGAAGAUCCUGACCCAAAGGUUGGCUUUGUCCUCCUCCCAGAUUUCAAAUGGGACCAAAAACAGGUGGAUGAUUUAUACCUGAUUGCUAUAGCACACUGUAGAGGUAUUAGGAGUCUCAGAGACCUGAAGUCUGAGCAUCUACCACUGCUGCAGAACAUCUUUGAGAAAGGAAAGGAGGCCAUCAUGCAGCGGUACAACCUUCCAGCCAGUAAGAUGAGAGUCUACCUGCACUACCAGCCAUCCUACUACCACCUUCACGUUCACUUCACCAAGCUGGGCUACGAGGCACCGGGCUGCGGUGUAGAGCGGGCCCACCUUCUCGCAGACGUUAUUCAAAACCUGCAGUCUGACUUCCAGUACUACAAAACUCGGACCCUGUACUUUCCCCUGAGGGCUGAAGACGGACUUCUCAGCAAGUUCAAGGAGACGGGGAAGCUGUAGCAUGCUGCACACAAUUACUUGUUUUUGUAUUUUUGUAGUUUAUGUAGUCUUGUGCUCCAGGUGAUUUUAUUAUCAUUCUCAUAUCAGUCCUUUGCCCCUUAUGAAAAAGGUAAAGAAAAAGUAUAGCAUUGGAUAUGAAUAUGCUUUUCUUAAUGGUAUAGCUGAAUUUUUCUGUCUAAAUUAAACCUUUUUUUUUCUACUCAACCUGUUAUUGUGCCGUUAUUAUGCAAAGUGACAUUAUUAUAAAUGAAAAUGGAUUUUCAUCAAACAUUGUGGUUGUCAGGUUUAGUGGUAGAAUUGCGAUUUUUAUAUUUCCAGUAAUAUAAUGUAACUAAGAUCAAACACUAGAUGGCAGCAUUUCUAAUACCAAACUGAUUUAACUUGUUUUUCCAUUACUGCCUUAAUGCAAAAUCAAAACAGACUCAAAAA